AUGUGGUAUAAUUCAUUUUUAUUGUGCCAGAGUCUGAAAGCUAGUGGCGUGAAAAGAUUGUUGCAGCGACCGCAGAAUGGUCAUUUUCUCCGGAAUUUCAGCGUUAAAGUAACUUCUGAUGGCAUCAAUGUGGACAAACGCACAUUGGUCAGUGCAGAACGCAAGCAAAGAACUUUUACAGAUCGAUCCCAGCUGAAGUAUGCACGAAGGCUCGUUGUUAAACUUGGGAGUGCGGUGAUAACUAGAGAAGAUGGAAACGGUCUAGCGUUGGGUCGAUUGGCAUCAAUCGUAGAGCAGGUAGCAGAAUGUCAUCAUGAAGGUCGAGAGUGUAUAAUGGUGACAAGCGGUGCGGUGGCUUUUGGAAGGCAGAAACUUACGCAAGAAUUACUAAUGUCACUUUCAAUGCGAGAGACUUUGUCACCGAGUGAUCAUACCAGAGAGGAUGCAGGGAGCAUUUUGGAUCCCCGUGCAGCUGCUGCUGUGGGCCAAUCCGAAUUAAUGUCAAUGUACGAUGCAAUGUUCUCGCAGUAUAACGUUAAAAUAGCUCAGGUUUUAGUAACAAAACCCGAUUUUUAUAACGAAGAGACUAGAAAGAAUUUGUACGCCACCCUUUCAGAACUUAUAUCUUUAAAUAUUGUCCCCAUCAUAAAUACAAAUGAUGCUGUUAGCCCGCCCAUGUACAUUCACGAUGACUCUGUUGUUCCGGGGACUGGAAAAAAGGGUAUUGGUUUAAAAGACAAUGACAGUCUCUCAGCUCUGCUCGCAGCAGAAGUACAAGCCGAUUUACUUAUAAUGAUGUCUGAUGUUGAUGGAAUUUAUAACAAGCCCCCAUGGGAAGAUGGUGCCCGUAUGAUACACACUUACACUUCCAAGGACAGGGAUCAAGUACAGUUUGGUCAAAAAUCUAAGGUUGGGACUGGAGGUAUGGAUUCUAAAGUGAACGCAGCAACGUGGGCAAUGGCGCGUGGUGUUAGCGUCGUAAUUUGCAACGGAAUGCAAGAAAAAGCUAUAAAAACAAUAAUUAAUGGCCGAAAAGUGGGCACUUUCUUUACAGACCAUGUUACUUAUUCAUCAACUUCUGUUGAUGUGUUAGCUGAAAAUGCUCGAACUGGUAGCAGAGUUUUACAACAAUUAAGCCCCUCAGAAAGAGCAUCAGCUAUUCAUACUUUAUCUGAUUUGUUAAUAAAUAAACAAGAUAAAAUACUUGAAGCCAAUUCAAAAGACUUGGAAGAAGCAACUAAAGGUGGUCUUGCGAAACCGCUUUUAGACAGAUUAGCACUGAGUGAAGGAAAAUUAAAAACCUUGUCUAUUGGCUUAAAACAAAUAGCUGAUUCCAGUUAUGAAAACGUGGGAAGAGUUCUACGGAAAACAAAGCUAGCUGAAAACUUAAUACUUAGACAGGUGACCGUCCCGAUUGGUGUUUUAUUAGUAAUUUUUGAAUCCCGACCUGAUUCACUACCUCAAGUUGCUGCUUUAGCCAUGGCAUCAGCCAACGGCUUACUUCUAAAGGGUGGGAAAGAAGCAGCUAAUUCUAACAAAUCUUUGAUGGAACUUGUUAAGGAAUCUCUACAUACUGUUGGCGCAGCGGAUGCAAUAUCACUAGUUUCUACACGAGAAGAAAUAAGUGACUUAUUAUCCAUGGAAAAACACAUUGAUCUUAUAAUACCUCGUGGCUCAUCUGACUUAGUCAGAAGUAUUCAAAAACAAUCGCAACAUAUACCUGUACUUGGACACGCGGAAGGCAUUUGUCAUGUAUAUAUAGAUAAAGAUGCAGACCCAGUAAAAGCUUUGAAAAUAAUUAGAGAUUCGAAGUGUGACUACCCAGCCGCUUGCAAUGCUAUGGAAACUUUGCUUGUUCAUGAAGAUCACUUAUCGGGUUCAUUGUUUACGGAUAUAUGCAAUAUGUUAAAAAAUGAAGGUGUUAAAAUACACGCAGGACCAAAACUUGCAAGUCAUUUGACUUUUGGUCCACCUCCUGCAAGAACUAUGCGGCAUGAAUACGGUGCAUUAGAAUGUUGUAUAGAGUUAGUUAAAGACAUGGAUGAUGCCGUUGAACAUAUACACAGAUUUGGAAGCUCACAUACUGAUGUUAUUGUAACAGAAAAUGACACAACUGCGAAGAAAUUCCUUGGAGUUGUAGACAGUGCCUGCGUAUUCCACAAUGUGUCGUCGCGAUUCGCCGAUGGAUUCAGAUUUGGUCUCGGUGCUGAAGUCGGCAUCUCGACAGCUAGGAUUCAUGCGAGAGGUCCAGUGGGAGUAGAGGGUCUUCUCACUACAAAGUGGAUUCUCGAAGGGACUGACCACACAGCGGCGGAGUUCAAUGAAGGGAAACGGAACUGGUUACAUGAAACCUUGCCAGUUAAUUGA